UCCAUUUAUUCAAAGAAAAUCGAGUAUCUCAUUUAAAUAUAGAGUUGAACGACACUAGUGGAAUUCUUAAAAUAAAUCCAAAUUUUUGUGUCGUAGUCGAUCGAUUAAAAUUGCAUCAUGAACAUUGGAUCAGCCAUGGGGACCAUCGAAGAAUUCCAAGAAUAUCUGUCAUCAUUACAUCAUAUGACAUUGAAUUCCUUGCGCUAUUUUAAGAGAAUUGGCGUAAAAUUCGACAAAAACUUUGAAACUGCAUUAUUGCGAUUAACCAACAAGUGCAUUGCUGAAUCGUACAGGGUGUUUUUGACCGAGCUGCAAGCAUCAUCCACGCUCCCAUCGAAUCCGGAUCAGAAUUUGCUGCAUGCAAGUAGUGGAGUUGCUAAGCGGGAAUCAACUUCCAAAGAAGAAGAAUCGCCGAGCAAACAGCCCAAGCCAAACGACGGCAACACCUCAAAGUUGCAUGACCUUUUUGGUACUGAUGUUUCCGAAUCAUCUGUUGUGCUUACUACACCACCAGAUGGCGUGGCAUACGAUCCCCAAAAAUUUGAUUUGGACUCGAGCAUUUUCAAAGAAUUGCCAUCAUCACCGAAAGGUUCCGAUUUCUAUGCCGAUGAAUUGAAGAAGCAGAAUGAAAUCAUGCAAGAUUUGAUGAUCAAAGGCAUUACACCGACGGAUGGGGAAAAUUUAAUUAAUAUAUUCCUAAAGCUGUGUCAAGUUAUCAAUGCAAAUGUGAAUCCAUCCAACAUUACCAGCAUUGCACGAAGUGACACCAAAAGCGAUACGAUCAUUGUCAAAUUCAAGAAUCUCAAUGACAAAAUCCGCGUACGCAGACUUUCCAGCGACCAAGAACUAUGGGCGUGCGACUUGACUUAUAUACCACCCGGUGGAAAGAAUUCAAAGGUCUGUGUUGGCAAUCAUUUGACACCAUUUUUCUACCCGAUUCAACAAUUGGCGAAAAAAGCUCGAAGCAAAGGGAAACUACAUUCAUACCAACUGUGCAACGAUGGAUUGUUCGUGAAGAAAAGACGAAGUAGCCAGGGACGAAUGGUGCUAUCCGAAGAACAACUUCACAUUUAUAUUGACAGCAAAUAACAUUUUUUUAAAGAAUGCUUUUGUACUUUAAUGGUCAUUAAAUGCACGCAAUUUGCCUGAAUUGACACACUGCCAAAA